AUGGUUGGCAGCCCUGAAUGCGGUGUGUCGGCCGUGACGUCACACCAGCAGAUGCGGAGACAACCAGAUAAGAAGAACGAAGAAUCAGAAGAAGUGGCAGAUGGCAGAUCAGCUGUUGUGACCAUCAAGGGACAGCGUCGGAUCCUCACUCGCCCACAACCCAUCUAUGGCUACCGGGGCACGGACUCCCGACGGAACCUGUGGGUGCUGGCGACAGGAGAACUUCUCUACUAUGUGGCCGCCGUGGCUGUUAUUUACGACAGACACGACGAUAUCCAACGCCACUAUACGGAGCACACGGAGGAUAUUCAGUGCAUGGCGACCCAUCCUUCCCGUGAACUCGUAGCCUCGGGUCAAAGGGCGGCCCGGGGUCAGCGAUGGUCCGCCCACGUCAGAGUGUGGAACGCCCGCACCCUCCACACGCUGCACGUCCUUGGGCGGAAGGAGCUGGGGGCAGGGAUCAUGGCGGUCGCCUUUUCCAGGAGGAACAACGGGCAGUUCCUCCUGGCGGUGGACGCGGACAGCGAGCAUCUCCUCUCGGUCUGGACUUGGGACAAUGAACACGUUUUUGGCAGAGUUGCGGGUUGUCUUUUUUUUUGAUUUUUUACUCACCAAGACCACGUGUGGGGCGCCGCCUUCCACCCGCUGGACAACAACCUCAUCGUGACUCAUGGGCGUGGGUUGUUGAGUAUUUGGUCCAGGAGGAAAGAUGGCAUAUUCCAGCGCUCGGAUCUCGUGCAGGAGGACUCCGGCAGGAACAUCACCUCCAUCGAGUUCACGCCCUCAGGAGACCUCAUCAGCGGAGGGGGCGAGGGACUCAUCACGGUAGGGUGGGGCGUGGAUGCCGAGGGGGAGUAUUUUAUCAAGAGGGAGUUCCAGGCUCACUCCGGACCCAUCAACUCCCUUCAAAUCCUGAGCGAAGGGACGAUCCUCUCAGGAGGAGAUAAGGACCGGAAGAUUGUAGCGUGGGACUAUCAGUUAUGUACACUACCGGAGCAGGCAGGAGGCAUACGUACCCUAUACCCCCAACGACCCCGGUACCACGACGGCAACAUCUACGUAGGGACGACCAAGAACAUGAUUCUGGAAGGUUCUUUGCAGAGGAGGUUCAAUCAGGUUGUUUUCGGACACAGUAAACAGCUGUGGGCCGUGGCCGUGAACCAGCUGGAUGGAACCGUCGCUACAGCUGGUUACGACAAGCACAUCGUCAAGUGGAGAGAGAACCAGCUGGAGUGGAGGAUUCAGGCCCAGAGUGAGUGCGUGAGCGUGGCGGUUCACCCGAUGGGAACCGUGAUAUCUGCAGGGACGAUAGACGGGCACCUCGUGGUUCUGAACAACAACACGGGGUUACACGUGGCUACUGUCAGAGUGUGUGGGUCGCCGCUUUCCUGCCUUGCAUAUAAUCCAGGAGGCGACAUCCUAGCCGUCGGUUCCCAGAACGGUUCCCUCUACCUGUACAAGAGUUCCAAGGACGGCUUCGUGUACAAUCGCUUUGGGAGGAUGACGGGGUCGCAGCCUCUUUCGAGCAUCGACUGGAGCACGUCGGGACGCUACAUGCAGACGGUCACCUCGGAUUAUGAUGUGACCUAUUGGACCGUGAGAGAGCUGUCCAAAGUGAAAAAUUCGCUCGACGUGAGGAAUGAGACAUGGGUGACACAGACGUCACCCCUCGGCUACAUGGUUCACGGAGUUUGGGGCGGAGGGAAGGAAGCCCAUAUCCAGGUGACAGUCGACAGAGGGCCCAGAGGAGACGUCCUGGCAGCUGGUGACACAGAUGGCUACAUCAGGCUUUAUAGGUACCCCGUGCUAAGUAUGCGCGCCGGCUACCACGAGUACAAAGUCUACACCUCGUAUGUGUCUGGUGUAAGGUUUUCUCACACCGACAACUACCUCUAUACCAUCGGAGGCACAGACGCGGCACUCAUGAGAUGGAGGCUCACAUAGAUAGAUUUGGUUUAUGUGGUGGUUGUUGUUCUCAUGAGGUACAAUUCGUUUUUUGGAGCGACA